AUGUCUUCCAUUCUUGAGAAGAUGAAGAAAUUUGGCAGUUCUGACAUAGAAGAAUCUGAAGUGACAGAUGAACACACGGAUGGGGAAGACUCUGCAUUGGAAGCACCUGACAACCUGCAGGGUACAUUCAGCAGCAAGGUGCAGCCAUCCAGAAGCAAUAUCUUUGCGAGACGUGGACGAUUUGUGAUGGGGGAUAGUGACAAAGACAUGGCUCCAAUGGAUUCCUUUUACCAGAUGGAUCACCUGAUGGCACCUUCUGUCAUCAAAUUUCAUGCCAAUAUGGAGAGGGGGAAACUUCACAAGCUCCUGUCAACAGAUUCCAUCACAGGCUGCUCUGAAAAAGCUUUCAAAUUUUAUGACCGCAGAAGGAUCUUUGAUGCUGUAGCCCAAGGCAACACAAAGGACCUGGAUGAUCUGCUGCUCUAUCUUAAUAGGACCUUGAAGCAUCUCACAGAUGAUGAAUUCAAAGAACCAGAAACUGGGAAAACCUGCUUACUGAAAGCCAUGCUGAAUCUACAUGAUGGGAAAAAUGAUACCAUUCCCUUGCUGCUGGAUAUUGCAAAGAAAACGGGAACUCUGAAAGAGUUUGUGAAUGCAGAAUAUACUGACAACUACUACAAGGGCCAGACUGCACUCCACAUUGCCAUUGAGAGAAGGAACAUGUACCUGGUUAAACUCUUGGUCCAGAAUGGAGCAGAUGUUCAUGCAAGAGCAUGUGGGGAGUUCUUCAGGAAAAUCAAAGGGAAACCUGGUUUUUAUUUUGGAGAGCUGCCCCUAUCUCUGGCUGCCUGCACCAAUCAGCUCUGCAUUGUGAAAUUCCUCCUUGAGAACCCCUACCAAGCUGCUGAUAUUGCUGCUGAGGACUCCAUGGGCAAUAUGGUCCUGCAUACUCUGGUGGAGAUUGCAGAUAAUACUAAGGAUAAUACCAAGUUUGUUACCAAGAUGUACAAUAACAUAUUGAUCCUUGGUGCCAAAAUAAAUCCUAUCCUGAAGUUGGAAGAACUCACCAACAAAAAAGGGCUGACUCCAUUAACGUUGGCAGCCAAAACAGGGAAAAUAGGGAUUUUCGCUUACAUCCUCAGACGAGAGAUCAAAGAUCCUGAGUGCAGACACUUGUCAAGGAAGUUCACUGAAUGGGCUUAUGGACCUGUCCACUCAUCUCUUUAUGACCUGUCCUGCAUAGACACAUGUGAGAAAAAUUCAGUGCUUGAAAUUAUUGCCUACAGUAGUGAAACACCAAAUCGUCACGAGAUGCUGCUGGUAGAACCCCUUAACAGGCUGCUGCAAGACAAGUGGGACCGGUUUGUCAAGCACUUAUUUUACUUCAACUUCUUCGUAUAUGCAAUUCAUAUCAGCAUCCUGACCACGGCUGCCUACUACAGACCUGUGCAGAAGGGGGAAAAUCCUCCCUUCACUUUUGGUCACAGCACUGGGGAAUAUUUUCGAGUGACUGGAGAGAUACUGAGCGUAUUGGGAGGACUGUAUUUUUUUUUCAGAGGGAUACAGUAUUUUGUGCAGAGGCGCCCAUCAUUGAAGACACUGAUAGUUGACAGUUACAGUGAAGUUCUUUUCUUUGUUCACUCUUUGCUCCUCCUGAGCUCUGUGGUGCUGUACUUCUGUGGCCAGGAACUGUAUGUGGCUUCCAUGGUCUUCUCCUUGGCUCUGGGCUGGGCUAACAUGCUAUACUACACCCGUGGCUUCCAGCAGAUGGGCAUUUACUCUGUCAUGAUUGCAAAGAUGAUCCUAAGAGACUUAUGUCGCUUCAUGUUUGUCUAUCUAGUAUUCCUCUUGGGAUUUUCCACAGCUGUGGUGACUUUAAUUGAAGAUGACAAUGAGGGGCAGGACACAAAUAGCUCUGAAUAUGCCCGAUGCAGCCAUACAAAGCGAGGCCGCACAUCCUAUAACAGUCUGUAUUAUACCUGCUUGGAACUUUUCAAGUUCACUAUUGGGAUGGGAGACCUGGAGUUUACAGAGAACUACAGGUUCAAGUCUGUGUUUGUCAUCCUUCUGGUUCUCUAUGUCAUCCUUACGUACAUCCUCCUGCUCAAUAUGCUUAUUGCACUGAUGGGAGAAACUGUGAGCAAAAUUGCACAGGAGAGCAAGAGCAUCUGGAAACUCCAGAGAGCCAUCACAAUCUUGGAUAUUGAAAACAGCUACUUGAACUGUUUGAGGCGCUCGUUCCGAUCUGGAAAGCAAGUCUUGGUGGGGAUCACACCUGAUGGCCAAGAUGAUUACAGAUGGUGCUUUAGAGUUGAUGAAGUGAACUGGUCCACGUGGAAUACUAAUUUGGGCAUAAUCAACGAAGAUCCUGGGUGCUCUGGGGACCUCAAACGAAAUCCCAGUUACUCUAUUAAGCCUGGUAGAGUGUCAGGGAAAAACUGGAAAACUUUGGUUCCACUUUUAAGAGAUGGAAGCAGGAGAGAGGAAACACAAAAACUUCCAGAAGAAAUCAAACUAAAACCUAUUUUGGAACCUUAUUAUGAGCCAGAGGAUUGUGAGACGUUGAAGGAAUCACUUCCAAAGUCAGUCUGAUUUUCUUUUGUUUUUAAGAAGAAGGCUAAUUGUUUGUGUUGGUUCUUACAAGGAGGACAAUUAAAACACUUCCUUCAGAAGAAGAGGGAUUUAUGGAAAAAGACCAAAGAAGUUAGGAAAUGACUGUGUGCAAGGAUUCAUUAAGUAUC